CCGGCCAGAGAUCGGUACAAUGGAUGUCUUGGAGCUCAAGCUGUAAAAUUCGCAAACAGUCUACAAUCUUACUUAUUUUCAGGACUCAGGAAGAGGGUUCAAAGGAAUUCAGUAUGUCUUAGGGCUGUUCCGAAUGUUGGCAUACUUCAUCGCAAACCACAAACAUGCAGUUAAGCGCCGGACGGCUGCUCUGUCGGAUGACAGCGACCAACAACACCCAGCGGCCCAUUGGCUAUGGUUUGCCCCUGCGUAGGACCAGUCAAGGCGAAUCGCUUAAUUGAAAUAGGAUCACGCUCUAGCCCUCGAGUCGGGCGUACAAUAGAUCUCGGUAUUGGUUGCGCAUGCCCAACAGGCCUCUGUGGAUGUAACAUGACUGAGUGGCUGACACGCAUAGGAAACUGUCCGCCUGGCGUUGGUAACCGUGUACGCCUUUCACCCCCGCAAGUGACGCGCGAAGGUAUGGGCAAACGAUCACGUGGCUACAACGCAUCGAAACUCGAGGUCACGUCUUCGUCGAUCUGCGCCUACAAAAGCGUGACAUGCCCCUCAACCUCGAAGAGCGCGCAAGCUCGUCGGGUACGACGGAUAUGGACGACGCCCUUCGCCCCAAACGGGAUAUUGAUUAACGCGUUCGUAGAGACCGAAGUUGACACUUCGGGUUCCCCACGAGACGUGAUGCCAAGGCGGGGGAGCCAAGUCGCCGAGAUGGUCAACAGACCCUUUCGGGGCCACGAGAGCCUGACAAGAACGACGGCCGACCCGGCUGCCUCACAAGUAGAGAGCGGAGAAUUUUCGAAACGCCAGAUAUUUCCCAGAUUGCCAGUGACUCAGAAACGCCAGAGGCCCAGCGAUCGCAGCCCGGCUGCCGAAGUCGAGCGCACUAUUGACAUACAGGAUAUCUUCAAGAACGGGCAAUCAAAGUACAAGAUCACCAGAUAUCCUGGGAACAGCGAGAAUUGGUGGAUGCUAUCGUGCGAGGAGCAUGAUAGGAGGUUCAACAGUCAGCGAGCACUCACUGGUGCGGGGAUACACUUGGCUUCUCACCACGGCAAAAGGCUUCCUUAGCUGGACAUUCGAGGAUCUAGGGUAUGCGCUACCGUCAGACUGGUGGAAAUAAAUGAAGGGAUCACCUUCUACACACUUUCAGAUUCGGGUUGCAUCAAAAAUAGAAAGGGGGCUUCUCGCAGAACUGCCACUGAAUCCCAAUCUAAAGGAUCUCCACGCUAUCUCAAGCAUAUUCGCCCAAUUUCGAUCAGGUAUCACGAUCGAGAAGUAGCAAGACCCGGCGAGGAGGUUGGCAUUACAGUCAAAUUGGAGCCGUCUCCAACAGACUGCGCCUG